AUGAAACACGACGACGACAUCAACGCAACUUCGGAGGAAGAGAGUACUGUGUGUCCUGGUGUGGAGCUGCCACAAGAUAUCUUGUUCGAAAUAUUUUCGUUUCAGUUUCCAAAUUUUCUAUUUGAAAGUCUGUGUUAUGUAUGCAGGCAAUGGCAUCAUUUCUUAACAUCGGACGACUUUUGUAAUUAUUAUGUUCAAGAAACCAAAAGUGUGGUAAAAUCGUUGUUGUAUCCAAAUAUUGAUGGACCUAAAUAUUGUUCAAAACAAACUACUUUUCAACUAUGCUUUGAUUGGAUUGAAUUUAUUCCCUUUCCAGAUAAACUGUUCUCAAAUUACAAAAACAUUUUUUGGAAAUUAAAACGAGAACUUUUCCAUAACGAAGCCAACAAAGAACGUCUUCAACUUAUUAAGGAUGCCAUUCAAAGGAUUAAUAUCACUUCAAAAUAUAACAUUUUGAACUGCUUGGACAAAUUCGGAUGCACAGAAUUUUCACUUCCUAUCAGUACCAAGCUGGUUUCAUUAUUUGGAAUUUUAUCACAUCCAUCCUUGGGAUAUGCUUCAUCAGAACACAUGUUUUUGAUAUUUGCAUUUUUGGAUGCGUUUGGACAUAUUACGAGUUCUAUCGAAACUGCUUCUUCCUAUCAAAUCGCAUCUUGUGUCACCUUAGAUAUUGGAUUUGAGUCUAUUCAAGAGGUGACUAACACUGAAUGGCUAGAAGCACUUUUCCCUGAAUAUUGCGAGACUAUUUCUACUUGUUGUUUUAUGUCACUAUUGGAAUACAUUUCAGAAGUGGAAAACCCUCAAUCGGUGUUUAUGAACAAGCCUGUUGAGAAACGAAGAUAUUUCAUUUUUCAAAUGUUUGGUACCACAUGUGGGUCAAGUUUUAGAUAUGAAAGGCUUUUAACCAAUGACUUUCUGGACGCAUGGAAUUUACUUGCUUUUGAGGUACUUGAAGUCAUGCGGGAUUGUGAGAAAUUCUUUAAAAAGAAAGGAAUUGAGUUUAAAUAA